AUGAGCGUGCAGGUGCAAUCCGCAACUGACCCGGGUCUCACACUGUCGAAAGAUCGUUGCGAGCCUGGCUCUGUGAACAUCCCGCUCUGUAAAUGGCCAAAGACGACACAAUCUACUUCGGUCGACCCUGAUGCUGUUGCUACAAAAAUAGUUGACGCAAUAAAUGCUGCCCUACAAAACGAGGACACUAAAUCAAUUGCACAGCUGUUUCUCGAAGACGGCUACUGGCGUGACCACCUUGGUCUUUCCUGGGAGCUGCAUACAAUCAAAGGAAAGGACAAGCUCGCAGGCUUUUUUGCUGACAAUGGUUGCCCUUUGACGACGAUUGCAAUCGAUAAGACCACUGCAUAUCGUUCUCCUCAGCUGGGAGCUUUCGAUGGCACAGGUGACGUGAAAGGCAUUCAAUUCUUUUUCAACUUCACUUCCAAAGUCGGGACUGGUCAAGGCGUCGCUCGCUUGGCUGAAAGGGAUGGCCAGUGGAAGAUCUUCACAUUCUUCACCACUCUUCGCGAGAUUGCGGGACACGAAGAAAAUACAGGCCCGAGGAGGCCCAAAGGAGUCGAACAUGGCGGAAAGCUGAACCGAAAGAACUGGCAGGAGAGGAGACGUGAUGAGAUUGAUUUCAAGGAUCAGGAUCCUACCGUUAUAAUCAUCGGCAAGUGCCAAAUCAACAGCUUUAGAAUACUGAUCGGAUACUGA